CAUGCAACUCUGCUCUUACAUUACAUUACAUACGCUUCUUCAUUUCUCUUUCCUCAUUUCUCUCUCUCUCUCUCUUUCUCUUUCCUUUCUUCUAAUAUGGCAGAGCUAGAGUACCAAGCUAAUACUAAAACCAACAGCGCCACUGCACGAUUAAAGCUCUUCGGCUUCAGCGUCUCAGAAGACGACGAUGUUUCAGACUCAAGCACCACCACCAAAGCUCCAUCUUCCGGGUCACCAGAGCCAGGUGGAUUCCCUGCUCCUGGUGAUCGCAAAUACGAGUGUCAGUAUUGUUGCCGUGAGUUUGCCAACUCUCAAGCCUUAGGUGGUCACCAGAACGCUCAUAAAAAGGAAAGGCAACAACUAAAGCGUGCUCAGCUUCAAGCCACUCGAAGCGCGGCCGUUUCAUUUUCUAGAAAUCCUAUGAUCUCUGCUUUCGCUCCUCCGCCGCAUCUCUUAGCGUCAACUACACCCGUUGUGCUGCCAGCUGCGGCGGGGCCAUCGUGGGUAUACUUGCCACGAGGAGGGCCACCACCUUUCCACGUCUCACAUGGGUGUGUGAUUCCCACUGGAGGAGGCGGCGGCGGCGGCGGCGGUGGAGUGGGGAGGGGGCCAGGGGCCUUACCUUAUGGCGGGGGGGUUGUGGGGGAUUCGGGCUUAGUCGUUGGCCCGCAAGUGAUGCAAAGUAGGGCCCACCAUGGACGGGACGUCGAUGGGCUCUCGUUGAGUAGGUUCUCAAAGGGAGACGGUGGGCCCAGUUUUGACGAUGCAUUGGGCUUGGAUUUGCAUCUUAGUCUUGCUCCAGCCGGGCCAUGACUUGGGCUUUGGGUGUUGGGGGAUCUUCUUUGUACAUUUUCAACAAAUUUAUUUAUUUAUUUAUUUUUCUACAAGGAAAUUAUUUGUUUCACUUGCACAUACUUUUUCCUUUAUUUUCUUAACUUAUAAUUCAGUUAAUUUUGCUCA